UUGAUUAUAUUUUAUUUCUUUUAACUUAAGGACUACAACGUCAUCAUACACGUUCACUCCACUUUGCCAUUCUCUUCUUGUUCUUAUCGACGACGUCUUCAAGUCUUAAGUGUUUUAAAAAUGGAAGGUACCUUUAAAGCAAUGACCCUUUUUGAUUGUAAUCAUGUUGAUGAAGUGGAAUCAAUCCAUCAGUUUGACCCGGCGUGGAGACAAAAUGCUCUCAGUUGCAGAGUUAUUCUGAUACUCCAGCAAUUGUACAAUUUCAAGUUCGGCUUUAUCCUACGUCGUGAAAAAACUGUUAUAAUGCGUCCAUAUUACAGUCUACCGUUUGCAAAAACUGUAUGGCUUUGCAUCCUAGGUAUUAUUGUAUUGGUAACAGUUAUAUUCUAUGUAGUCCGGAGAUGGGAGAAAUCUAUCGUUGGUCGUUUGGAGUGUAAUUUUAUUUACGAAUUUUACAUCGCAGUUGGAGUCUUUUGUCAACAUUCUUUACCGUCGCCUUCAAUUUUCUGGUCGCAAAGAAUGGCCUAUUUUUUCUUUGUCAUCUUCGCUUACAUUACAAAUUCAUUCUACACUUCAAAUCUCCUAUCGUUCAUCGUCACUGAAAAAGAAGGUCAAAUGGACAUCGAAGCGUUAACCAAAAGUCAUUAUGAGUUGAAAAUCUUGGAAAAUAUGAAAUUAGCCACCGAAAGGAGAGUAAACUCAAUCAACAUAGAAAUGAACGAUAUGGCUAAAAAAUUGAGUCGUACUAAAUCAAUUAAUCUAUCAUCCGGCUUAGAGGCAGUACGGAGAGGGAAGACUGCGUUAUUGUGCGAUUAUCCAACCGUGUAUUCGGCCAUUGCUAGAACGUUUGACGAUGAAGCGAUUUGUGAAUUAGACGAAGUAGAUAUAUUUUCGAAUGUAAAAAUGUAUCUUACUGUUGGAAAGCAAUUCAAGUACACAGAAAAACUAAAGAUAGGAAUACUGCGAAUGAAAGAAGCUGGUAUUAUCAAGAGAUUGAUAUCGGUGGAUCCCCUGACUCCCCUCACUUGCGUCAGAAAUAGGAUCUUCGUCAGUUCUUACUCCGAACAUAUCGUUACCCCAUUGCUUGUGAUAUUUCUACUUUAUGUAAUUGCUUGUAUAUUAAUGAUCGCAGAAAUUGUACACUACAAUACUCAUAAAACGUGGCCUUAUAUUAAUUAGUGUUUCGGUGUUAUUAGUUUUUAUAUUUAAAUUAAAUAUUUGAUUCAU